AAACUCAAUCAGUGUAGAGAGAGAGAGAGAGAGAGAGAGAACGAAGAAGAAGAUGGCGAUGGAAGAGAGCAUGCUGACUCUCUUUCUUCUCCUUAUGCUUCUUCUUGUCAUCAUUCUUAUCUUCUUUGCCUGCAAACCAUGGCGCUUCUUUUUCGCUUCCCCUUCCCACUCCUCCAUCAAGGAUGGUGAGCUGGAGAGGCCCCUUGUUGCGGAAGAUAUAAAUGUGUCACAUAAUCAGAGUGCUGAAUUGCCUCGACAUUAUGAUAUUGAGGGUGCCAGCUACCCGAAUGAAAGUAAUCUGCACUUGCCUCCAACCCAUGGACUUGUUAAUAAGCAAAGGCUUCCUGCUGUGCCUUUUUCUUCUAAUGUGUCUCAAGAUGUAAUUUGUGAUCCUUCAGAAGAUGUUUCUGUUGGUCAAACACUUAAGCUGUCCCCAGCCCAGUUAGCAGAAAUUCAAAAGCAUACUAGAGAAAGCAUUGAAAAUGAUAGACUGCAAGACAUUGUGCAAAGUGAUAUCUUAGAUCAAAGAUGUUGCCUCACCCUGGAAGUUAUCGAUGGUCCUUCUCGGGGACUUCAUUGUUCUGUACAGUCAACAAAUCCUUCUGAUCUACCAUUGACCUUGGGAAGAGUUCCUCCAAGUGAUUUGUUGAUAAAAGAUUCAGAAGUGUCAGGAAAGCAUGCUCAAAUAAAGUGGAAUUUGGACAAAAUGAAAUGGGAGUUGGUAGAUAUGGGUAGCCUAAAUGGAACACUUUUGAAUUCUCGGCCAAUCAACCAUGAAGACACUGAAAGCAGGCAUUGGGGUGAUCCAAUGGAUCUUACUAAUGGGGAUAUCAUAACACUUGGAACAACAUCAAGAGUAAUUGUUCAUAUUACUCCACAAAAUCAGCAGCACAUUCCCUUUGGAGUGGGUAUGGCAUCAGAUCCCAUGGCUUUGCAUCGAGGCCGAAAAAAAUUGACUAUGGAAGAUGUUUGCUAUUAUCAAUGGCCUCUACCUGCGCUGAAUCAGUUUGGACUGUUUGGCAUUUGUGAUGGGCAUGGUGGAGAUGGGGCUGCCAAGGCUGCUAGCAAACUUUUUCCAGAUAUAAUUGCCAGUAUAUUAUCAAAUUCAUUAAUGCAAGAGAAGGUUUUAUCACUCCGUGAUGCUUCAGAUAUUCUUCGAGAUGCAUUUUCUCAAACAGAAGCAUCCAUGAAUCACCAUUAUGAGGGAUGCACAGCAACAGUGCUUCUGGUGUGGGCUGAUGAUGAUGGAAAUUUUUUUGCACAAUGUGCAAAUGUUGGAGAUUCCACCUGUAUUAUAAGUGUUGAUGAGAAGCAAAUCAUGAUGACAGAAGAUCAUAAAUUAACAAAUGAUUCAGAAAGACUCAGAAUUGAAAAGACAGGUGAACCGUUGAAAGAUGGGGAAACACGUCUAUAUGGUAUAAAUCUUGCAAGGAUGCUUGGGGACAAAUUCCUGAAACAGCAGGAUCCACGGUUCAGUUCAGAGCCUUUUAUCAGUGAAGUUGUGCAUAUUGAUCAAGCAAGCAGGGCCUUUGCCAUUCUAGCUAGUGACGGAUUAUGGGAUGUUGUCUGUGUGAAGAAGGCAAUUCAGCUUGUGCUUCAGAUGAGAGAGGGAUACUCCAAUGAUAGAGAGAAUUUGGCAGAAAAGAUUGCCAAUUGCUUAUUGAAUGAGGCUAAAACACUCAGAACGAAAGACAAUACCUCUGUAAUCUUCUUGGAUUUCGAUUCCUUGGCCAGAUAGAUUCUCUAGUGAAGUUGAAUCUUAGUAUGACUAAGGAAUAGGCUUACAGCAAUGUUAAUACAGAAAUUUUGUUCCCUGAAAGGUUUUACUAUUUCUUAUGUACUGCUAUUAGUUAAUUGCUACACUGGAAUACAUUGAUAUGGGUGCAGGUAUAAGAAACAUUGGACUCAAAAGAUAAAUAUAAUUUUCAUAAUCAUUUUC